AUGUGGCAGUUGAAGACGACACUAAUGGGUCCUUUGUCCCUAGACUCAUUUGCACAGGAAGCAAACGGGCAGAGAGUGUGUGUGAGACCACCGAGGCCGAGAGAACGCACAUUUGCAAUACCGUAUUACUUCGACCGAUCAAGGAUCUUCAGGCGGACAUACUAUAUCUUCAUCACUGUUGGCGCAUGGGACAUGCACGUGACGACGCGACGCGGCCCAGCGGAUUCGUUGACCACGACUGAGGUCCUUUUCAUCACCAAUAUUGUCACCCCCGAAGAUCGCUGUUGGCCUGAAGAUCGCUGUUGGUUCGAAGAUCGCUGUUGGUUCCUGAUAUUCACUUUUUGCUCAUUCGCACCGCAACACUUGAUACGAGUAGCGACGGACGGAAGGACUGCGAAGACAAACGAAAGGCUCAGUCUGAUAGGAAUCGAUUUUGGUAUUAUUAUCAGUACCUGCGAAGUCAAACGAAAGGUUACGCGAUGGAAGCGUGCUAUUGGUUUUGAAGCAGGAUUAAAUAUCCUUCUCCAUCAUACCCAUUUUAGCGAUACAAGCACUGAAUGGCGGUAUAUCUAGCACGAACACUGGAUCAUUAUAGCCCCCAACAUAUCGCACUCGCUCUCACCUAACUCUCGAAUAUGACCGU